GAGACUGCGUACUCUGUCAAAGUUUCGCAGUUGUACGCCGCACGUGCAUACAACAACAAUCAUGGCUUCUAAAACAUUACUAGUUUUACUUAUUUUAUACGUGAUAACGGAAACCUCUGUAGGACAAGAAAUAGCCUUCCGAUCUGAUUACACAUAUAUUGCAGAACAAGAAACCUUCUAUAAGAUUCACCUGACCCCAUUGUCCUGGUUAGAAGCCAAGCGCAUAUGUGCUCUUGAAGACGCAAUUCUAUUCCACCCAGAAAAUGUGGUUGAAUCCGAAGCUGUCUUCUCGUUUAUGAAAAAUGCCACACCAUGGAUACAUGAAAUAUAUGUAUCAUUAAAUGAUAUUGACGUAGAAGGAAUGUUCCAGACCAUUGAUGGUAAACUAAUCUCCGAUGUAUACUUCAAUUGGAGGGCAAACGAGCCGAACAAUAGUGGUGGUAACGAGGAUUGCGUUGCCAUGCUAGACGAUGGAAAAAUGAAUGAUAACGAUUGUAGCUAUAAGAAAUAUUUUGUCUGUAAAAAACCGCUGCAUUCAGUGAUAUGGAAUUCAAGAUGCAAUAUGUCGAGUCCAGAUUACACAUACAGCGAGCAGACAGGCAGUUGUUACAAGUUGCACACGAAGCCUGUGGACUGGUUGGAAGCGUUUGACACGUGUCGUAGAGAGCAAUCUAACCUGGCCGUGAUAAACUCUCAGUCAGAAAUGAAUGUCCUUGUGAAUCUAACGAUAUAUGCCCCAGCGCUCGUGAUUUCGAAAGCUUACCAAAAAGGAAUAUUUCAUUUGGGCUUCGAAAACAGAUAUAAUAAUGGUUGGGUGACAGUUGAAGGAAUGCCAAUGGAAACUCAGAAUGCGACCUGGUGGGGUGGCUACUAUCCUGGCGACGAAUGCCAUAACAAGUGUGGAGGUAUGUUCUAUAAUGGAUACCUGGUCAACAAUGACUGUGGAAUGAAGAGUUUAUUCAUUUGUGAACACAAAGUAAACAACCAGGAAGCAGAUAAACUGGAUGGAAACGUUAAUUCCCACCAACUAUGGUAACGUCAUGGUUUUAACACUGGUCAAGAGGAAAUAAAAUAUAUUUGUUGCACAUGGGUUUUA